AUGGAAGAGCAGGACCAGGAAGGACCUGGACCUGGCAAGAGAGCAAGGAAAGGUCCCCAGCCCAUCCAAGCUGGGAGUGGCAUUGAAUCCUGGGAGAGAGCUGUGCCAGAGAUCUGGGAUCAGGAGCCCUUGAACUCAGAAGUAUUUUGCCAACGUUUCCGGCAGUUCCGCUUCUACGAGGCCGAUGGGCCCCGAGAGGUUUGCAGCCAGCUCCAUGGACUUUGCAACCACUGGCUGAAGCCAGAGAGACACACCAAGAAGCAGAUUCUGGACCUGGUGAUCCUGGAGCAGUUCCUGACCCUCCUUCCCCAGGAAAUGCAGCGCUGGGUUAGAGGAUGCAGGCCGGAGACCAGUUCCCAAGCGGUGGCCCUGGCCGAAGGCUUCCUUCUGAGUCAGGCAGAGGAGAAGAGGCAGGCAGAAAAGAGGUGGGGUCCAUCCGUGAAGAUGGAAGCUAAGUUCUGUGAGAUGGAAAGGGCUCUGUCGGAGGAAGGGCAGCAAGCCCGAGCCCAGGAGUGUGCCCAAGAUGCCAUCUCAUGCGGCAGUGAAGAGACAGUGUUGAUCCAUUCUCUUUGCAGAGGUGUGGAGACAGCUGCUGCUCCUCCAGUGCAGUCUCCAGUUUCCUUUGAGGAGGUGGCCGUGUAUUUCACUGAGGCAGAGUGGGCCCUGCUGGAUCCGAACCAAAGAGAUCUCUACGAGGAAGUUAUGCUUGAGAACUACAGGAGUGUGGCCUCUGUGGCAGGGAAUGAUCAGUGGAAUGAGGGUGAUGAGGAAGUGCAUCAGGUAUUGCCAGAUAAAGUGAAGAAUGAAUAUUUGAAAGGAAACUUCAAGAAUCGUGGCAGACAGAAGAGGCAGAAAGGAAGUCACAUGGUCGAGAAGAGGGAUAAACCCAUUCCUGGCCAAGAGCAGGAUUUCCAUGAACUAAUCCACAAGGUGGCGGUGGCAUGCAAGUGCUUGGAGUGCAGAAUGAACUUCUCAGAUCAAGCCCAAUACAAGAUCCAUUUGCAAAUGCAUAGUGGAAAGAAGACUCAUCAAUGCUUGGAGUGUUGCAAGAGCUUCCUUCGCAGAGCAGAGCUCCUUAGACAUCAAAGAACACAUAAACCUUAUAGCUGCUCAGACUGUGGCAAGAGCUUCUCACAGAAAUUAGACCUUUUUCAACACACAAGAACUCAUUCAGGAGAGAAGCCAUUAAUCUGCAUGAAAAAUGGAAGGGUGUACUCUUGUGGAAGAAAGGGAAAUGCAUUUUUCCGAAAGCCUAGAGUAAUGGGGGCACAUAAAUGCUUUCCUUGUGGAAAGUACUUCAGAUGCAGAUCACACCUCCUUGUGCACCAAAGAGUACACACAGGAGAGAAACCAUUUGAAUGCUCAGAGUGUGGAAAGAGAUUCAAAUGCAGUGGCAAUCUUCAAAUUCAUGUAAGAACCCACACAGGGGAGAAACCUUUUGAAUGCUCAGAGUGUGGAAAGAAAUUCAGUCAGAAUAGCACUCUUAAAGAGCAUCAAAGAACGCACACAGGGGAGAAACCUUUUGAAUGCUCAGUGUGUGGAAAGAGAUUCAACAGCAGUGGCCACAUGUUGCUAUCUGUCCCUCUCCCUGCCCUGGCAGGGACAAGCCUCUCCUCACAGCCAAGUGAGUAA